AUGCCUACAUUCAGCUACGCGCAAGCCGCCAAGGGCGUGUCUGAGACACCAGCACCCGCUAAGCCGGUAUCAAAAGAGCCCGAGAUGACCGAGUCCAAGCCGGAAGAGAAGAGCAUCGAUAUCCCCGCAGAGCCGGUAGCUAUCUCGGCAACCGAAACAUCGCAGGAGACUGAAAAGGCCACACCGAGCGUCGACGAGGAUGCCGAAUUCACCACCGUCACCAACAAGCAUGCCAGCAGACCCAAGGCUGCCCACUCUAGGACAUCAUCUCCGAGUGUCCGGUCCACGGCAACACAGUCCAAAGAGGGUGAAUCCUCAAAUACCUCCAACGGAACCCAAGAGGCUUCCGAGAAGCAGGCUGACAAGGCCGAGAAUGACACCGAGGAAUCGAAGGACAAGUCCGCCAAGUCCGCGAAGUCCGAGAAGGCUGAGAAGUCAGACAAAUCCGAAAAGGCUGAGAAGAGCACCCCACCAAAGGAGCUAAAGGCUGCUCCUCUUCCAUCAGUUAACAUCUGGCUUCAACGUAAAGAAGCCCAAGAGGCCAAGGCCAAGACCUCCCCAGCUCCCGUUACUGGCAAGCCUACUUCCGGAAAGGCAGCGGAGGAGAACCAACAUGAUUCUCCCAAGACCAACUCCAAGAAGAAGGGUAGCGAUGGCUCGCAAGAAGGCGCCAAGGGAAGCAAGAAGGCCGAUGGCGCUAAGGGACGGGAUGGCGCUUUGCCUCCGGUCGAGGAUGCUGUAUCAUGGCCCACACCGCAGGUUGCUAUUGUUGAAGAUAAGAAGAAGGCACAGGAGAAGACAGACAAGACUGAGAAGUCCGAGAAGAGCCCAGUCUCGCGUACCCACGGCAAGGAGAAGUGGAUGCCCGUCAACUAUACUCCUACUGCCGUCUUCAACACCCCACUCCCUUCCGCUGGCCGUGGAGGCCGUAGACCCACUCGCGGUGGACGGGAUGGAGGUCGUGGUGGAGCCCACGCCGGUGCUGCUGAGAAAGCCGCCUCAGGUCAAUCGGGCCCUGGCUCUGCGGGCAAGCAGGCCUCUGGAGAACGGGGUCGCAACGAAGCGGGCACUAACCGUGCUGCUUCCCUCCCUGCACAGGCCAGACGCUCUACUAGCUCGGAAGUAGCCAUUCCCGAGGGUCGCAAGACUCAAGCCGUGGAGCGCAACAACCGCCCUGCCCGUGGUGCCGAAGAUGCCGCUGCCUCAAAUGGAAAACAGGCCAACGGUGGCGAGAACGCCCGGCCCCAACGUGAUGGCAAGCAAUUUAACCGAAACAACGAGACCCGUGCUGCUAAGGGUGGUCAACCAGCCGUUGACUCUCAAGCUGCAGGUCGUGCUAAUGAGCGUCGAGUUGAAUCUGGCUCCAAGUCUGCUGAUGUUGGUCCAAAUGGCUUCCAGGACUUCAACCGAGGUGCCGAGCGAGGAGGCCGAUCUAGCCGUGGACGUGGAGGCGCUUACUCUGGAUUUGGCGGACAGAAUGGCCAGUUUGGUAGUGUCGGACACAACUUUGCCCCCAAGAACUUCGGCUUCAAUGACCGCCAACGAUCCCAGCACGGUCUUGCCAAUGGCUCGCAGCAGGGCAACCGGAUGCCCUUGAGGUCGCCUUCUUUGGGAGGAUCUGCAAAUCAAUAUGGUGUCUACCCCUUCCCCUCUGAAAUCAACGCCAUGUACCCUUACCAGGCUGUCAACCCCGGCCCUAUGAGCGCCGUUCCUUACCAGUCGUACAUGGAGCCCUUCGGCCUCAUGAGCAUGCUGUCUAUUCAGUUGGAGUACUACUUCUCCGUCGACAACAUGUGCAAGGACAUGUUCCUUCGUUCGCAGAUGGAUUCUCAAGGCUUUGUCCCUCUCAGUGUCAUUGCCAACUUCAAGCGCGUGAAGACUAUGACCGAGGAUUUCGAACUCUUGCGUCAUAUCUCUCGCCAACUCCGUACCGUCGAGUACCAGACUGGUGAGGAUGGCGUGGACCGCCUGCGUCCCCGUGAGAACUGGACCCAGUGGGUGCUCCCGGGUGCUGCACCGGCGCAACCUAAAAAGAACGACGAGAACACACCUGUCAACAACCAGGUCGGCGGUGCAUCUAACGGCUUGCACCCUGGAUCACAACAGUUCGUUCCCAAUGGCACAUCUUCCCACAAUUCCCGGACAGCUCUUUCGUCCAACGCCCCAGAGUUCUUGCCAUCGGCACAGAACGAAAUCGCCACCGUGAGAACCCCCCAGGAUUUCUUUUAUUACCCCGCAUCCGGUUUCGAACUGGACUCUUCCUUUGAUAUUGCAGCACAUUUGGAAAUAACAUGUAUUGACGAAUAUCGACCAGCGCGCGGACUAAAUUCGCUUACCACGACACCACCUUUCUCUCCCCAAGGAGCGGCGGAACAAUUAGCUGGUAAGUUUCAUGGGCAGUAUAAAAGACAUCCUUCGACCAAAUACCCUGCUCGCCCAACGCCCAUGCCAAGCCACCUGUCGUCUGAUCGGAAGAGAAAGGGUCCUCCGAAGAAAAAGCACGCUGAAGUCGACGAAUCGUUGGAGGUGUCAGAAAAGUUCGAGUCGGGGGGUGAACCACAACCUUUGGACUUGAGCCUCAUCAGUCCCACUGGUUAUCGAUACUGGUUGGGCCGUUUGAAGGAGAAUUUCCAAUUGAAAAUGUACAAUGAAUUUAGGCGUCAAGCCCUUGAUGAUGUUUUCACACGACACACUUAUGAUGGUUUCGAUUCCCUCAUGGAGUUUUAUCGCUUUACUCUCGGUACCAAAUCUCCUCUACGCCCUCAGAUUCUUUCGGACAUGGUCGGUCUGUGCCGAGAUGAGCGUUUCAAACCUCAGGAUGUCAUGUUCUCUGUUGUUCGAACUGCUCUUGCCAAACGGGAUCCGGAUUCUGAGAAAACCUCCAUUGUCGCCAAUUUGUUCAACCACGAAUUUGGCGAUACGUGGAGUAGGCCGGUGAGAAAGCCAUACCGUCACCGCAUUUGA